UUUUUAGCUUUAUUCUGAGCUCCUGCUUCUACGUUUUCGGCCCAUUUUUCUUUUCUUUACUUUUAUCUGGCUGCUGGGAAAUCCAUCGCAAGGGUAGAUAAAUGUGGCAUUUGUUUCUUUGUCUGGGUUUGUAAUUAGAACCAACAAGUGAAAGGAAAUGAUUUUUUAAAAAUAGUCAUUUUAUUAUUAUUAUUAUUAUUUUUAAAAGGUGUUACUUUUGAUGCGCUUGAGGGCUCUUAUACUGUUUUCCACCUAAAAGCCUCAUGAGAACCUCAUUGUUGGCUUGCCUCUUUUUAGUCUUCAGGAUUUCUUGAUGUGAUUUGCAGAUUAUUGCCCUCUUUUCAUCUCAAAUCCUUGGAAAAUCUCCAUCUUUGCCUGGCUAACUAAGGUUUAGCUCUGGCGAGAUUUUUUUUCAGGUACUUGGAGGCUUGUGUCUUGAUCCUCAGCUCAAAAACUCUGGGAGCUCUCGGCUUGGAUUAGGAAGAACUUAUAGAGGUGUUUUGGAGCUUGCCACUGUUUCCUUCCAAAAUCCUCCAAAAGGAAAAAGAAAAAAGAAGUUCUAUCUUGGUUUCCCUCCUUUUUAGUUCUGUUGCAGUUUCAAUUUUUUUUAAAGGUGUUUUGAGGUUUGCUGUAAUGUUUUCCAUCUAAUAUCCACAGAAAAAUCCCAUCUUGGCUCAACUCCCUCCUAGUUCUGUAGAAAAAGGAUUUUUUUUUUGGUUCCUUUGGGGAAAGAUAUAUUUCAGUGAGAAGUUGAAAAAAAGGGGAAUUUUUUUGAGGUCUAUUGAAGAUUUGUUCCUCCAUUUUCCAUGUAAGAGCGUCUCAUAAACCCCAUCUUUGUUUUGUCCCCUUAAUUGUUUUUUCUCUUUUUGAUGUCUUCUGAUGUUUGUUGCGCUGUAAUCUAUCUGAAAUCCUCAGAAAUAUCCAAUCUUGGGGCUGCUACUUCUAGCUUUUGGGGUCUCCCCUGCUCCCCAAUCUGUGCUCCUUUCAUGGAAAACAAAAACCCUAGAAAAACCCUAGCUCUCCAAACCCUCCUCCUCCUCCUUGCUUUCUUCCUCUUCCAGACCCCAGAGACUACCCUCUCCCAACCCCUCCACUCAGAGCCCAUCUUCUCCCAGUCCCCAACACCCUCUCCCCCGUCGAAGAUUCCGAAAACCUCCACCACCGCCCACAUUCGCCGACUAAUCCUCGGCAUCGUCUUCGGCUUGUUCACCGGCAUCGCCGCCUCGGCGGUCUUCCUCUUCUUGAUUCGCCUCUUCAUCCUGUUUGCCAACCGCACCCCAAUUCUCAAAGGCCCCGUCAUUUUCACUCCCCAAAUCUCCCCCAAAACCCUCCAAUUCGCCCUCUCGAACCAAGCUGAAUCAACCCAGCUGCUCGGGUCAAGCAUCAAUGGCAAAUACUACCGAGUGGUCCUCGAUGACGAGCUGAUCGUGGCGGUGAAGAGGCUCGAACCCAUCUGCUCCAACGCCUCUCCGCUGCCAAAUCCCAACUCUCAGAAGAGAAGAGUGCAGCAGGAGCUCGAGAUGCUGGCCCGGGUGAAGCACCGCAAUGUGAUGAGCCUGAGGGCCUACAUUCGCGACCAUGAUCGAUUCUCCUUGGCAUAUGACUACGUUCCCGGUGGAAGCCUCGAGGACGCCAUGAAGAGGGUGAGGUCGCAGCAAACCGCACUUGGAUGGGAUCUGAGGCAUCGGAUUGCGGUCGGCAUGGCGAGGGGACUGAAGUACCUGCACUUCGAAUGCAGCCCAAGGAUCCUGCAUCACAACCUCAAGCCCUCCAAUGUGAUGUUGGAUGAAGGGUUUGAGCCAAGGUUAGGCGAUUGUGGAUUGGCGAGGCUGGUCGCAGCAAGCUUGGAUGUGCCGGGCUGUGCAUACUACGCUGCUCCCGAAUGCUAUCAGAGCUGCAGGUACACAGAUAAGAGCGACAUCUAUAGUUUUGGAAUGAUCCUCGGCGUGCUGCUCACGGGGAAAGACCCGUCGGAUUCAUUCUUCACUGGGGAGGCAGGGAGGGGCAGCUUUGGCCGAUGGCUCAGGCACUUGCAGCAAGCUGGAGAGGCUCAAGAGGCAUUGGAUAAGGCCAUGUUAGGGGAGGAAGUAGAGGAGGAGGAGAUGCUGAUGGCCCUUAGAAUUGCUCUCGUAUGCUUAUCGGACUUGCCGGCCGACCGACCGUCGAGCGACGAGCUCGUGGCCAUGCUCACCCAACUCCAUAGCUUCUGACGUCGCCCUCCCGUCUCUCCUUGUAUAUCUAGAUUCUGACGAUACCGAUUUAACGCCGUCUCGGUGUUGGUUAUUGAGGCCUAAACUGUUUCCCAUAUCUCAUUCGAGGCCGCCCUCCACUCCCUUGAAUGUAGUCUCCAGUGAAUGGUGAAGGUCCUAAACAUGCUUUCAUGAUUCGCUUUUGAUGCCAUCCUCACCCAACUCCACUCUCAUGCAUGUAGAUUAUGAUGGCUUAAGCUUUGUGCAACCUUUUUCUUUUGGCUUUUGAGCUCUAAACAAUGUAAAUUUGUGCUUUGAUUCGAGUCUAUUCACUAUUCAUGACA